AUGAAAGGGCAGGGCUGUCUCUUAACUUAAGUGUUUGCAUAUUUUUGGCCAUGCAGAAUUUCGUUGCUCUCGAUUCGACCGGUUUUUUUUACUGUACGCAUAUAUGACUUGCACCCGUUAUUUUUACUUGUCCUCCCUCCACUUCUGAGAGAGCUUUUAUUCCUUUUCCUUGCUUAUAAUAAUUUAUUAGUGUGGUUUGUGAUUCACCUGGGGACCCCCGUCGCAGGUCCAAUGGCCCAUAUAGCUUCUUGUAUGGUUGACAGCGAUUUUGACAGUGGAAGCCUCAGAAGUUAUAUAGCAAAUGCUUUCUCCGCUCAAGCUUCUACUGAUUCACUUUCGUCUAUAAGCUCGACUGAGGAGAAGAAGCCAUACGCUUGGAGGAUGCAGAACCCGGAGACUCGAAAGUACCAGCUAUUCCCUAGGGAGCAACAGCUUCCAUCUUCCAGUGGAAAGCAAUUAGACCCGGAGAAAGCCUUUGCGAUGGCUAUGGGACAACCUACGGACAAGUCUUCCGUGGCAAACGGUCUUCGGAUGCGAAUCAAGGAGCAUAAUAUGACUAGGAGGAGGAAGAUUAGUGUCCCCGAGUUGGGCCCAAUGACGACGGUUCAGGAGGUUGCAAUGGAUUCUCCAACAAUCCCAGGCCGGCCUGCGUUGCAUGAACGAUCCAUUAGCUCUCCCGUUAAUUCAUGGCGUUUACGCCAUGCUGUAGAUGUUGGCUCUAGCUUGAAAGAAAGCUUAGAUGAGAGCCUAGAAUUAUCUACCUCUUCUGACAAUGCCCAGAAGUCUACUUUAAUUCCUAAACAGCCGCUCUCCCCUAAAGAUCUGACCCCGUUGACGAUACCUACGCAAAGCGGCCCGAUCCCACGGCUAGCUCGACAGCUUUCAUUGAACCGACUUAGAUCUAAAGAGGCACAACCAGAUUCGGCAAUUAAGUCAGGCCGGAUUGAGGAGUCACCGAGAAUUCGAACCCCAUUUACUCCUGCUUCAAUCUCAUCCACGACGCCAAUGUCAGCGACGACUAAUAUGACUACUUCAACGCUCCCGACGCCUAUAUCAGCAGCGCCCACAUCAGCUCCCGCGGAAACCCGAGCAUCCCCGAAACCCUGGGAUAGGUUGGGCGCGGUUACUCCUGUAGGGACCCAGCAAAGCAGUGAUUCUAUGGCAACCCCAAAGGCCGAAUCCGAUGUUCAGUCACGAGCCGGCCCGGUCUCAUCUCAUAAGCGUGGUCAAUCCGAGUCGAGUAGCAUAAUGGACCGUGGACGCCCACGAAAGCGAAUCGAUGGCACGCCGAUCGGUGGCGGCCACAAACGAAGUGAUUCUAAGAGGAGCAUUAGUGCUGAACGCCGAGCCUUCGAGACCCUACCUCAGGGAUGGAAGUCUACUAAGGCCGUAAAGGUUUUGGAUUCAACUGAAGUCAGUUACUUGCAGAAGCAAGCUCUCGGCCAGGCCCUGAGGUUUGAGGUGCUCAAGAAGGACGACGUUGAAAGCCUGUCAAAGGAACUCCGCCACCUAGACGAACGCACCGAGUAUCUUCGUCGCACCUACACUUCACUCCGUGCUGGGCGCCGAAAUCUACACACCCGCAUUUGCCAAUAUCUACGGUCGCCCCGUGUUGCUAAAUUUAGCUACGAGUCGAUGUUGAAACAGGAAGAGACCCUAGCUGAGUUGGAUGCCUCGAUUGAUGAUUGGGUUAGUAAGCUUGAACAUGCCGAGAAUCGACGAACACGAGUGAGACAAAAGCUCCUUGAGCACGUAGCCGCCGCCUCCACACUUUCGAUUGUUAAAGACAUUGCCGGCGCUAGCGAUAUUCUUCAGCAGGCUAUGGGCGUUAGACUCCCUAACGGCACAUCCGAUAUCUCAACGCCACCACGAAGCCCGACCAAGAAUGUUACUUCUCCUAUUCCUCAGUCCCACUCGCCAUCCCCGUCGCCUUCGCCUCAACGCGUCGUCGCUAGGGUACCUUCAAUGAUACCAGAGCUACCAUCUGAAGAGACAGAAGACAACACAGCAACUCGUAGCCCAAAGAGUCCUUCCACUGAGUCUACUUUGCAGCGAAUGGAAAGCAUCCGUAUCUACGCCGAUAGUGAUGUUUACGCACUCUUAGCAGAUGUUGAGAACGAAUUCACCAAGCUGAAUGGUGGCGCUACCAGUCCUGAUGGUACUACCACUCAGCAACCAAAUACGGAAGAGCAACGCCGAGUCCUACACCGCGCCCGCAGCCAUGAUAUUAUUAGCAACGGCUACUCCAAAUGUCUUAACAAGACCCCACCCAUUUCGCCUCCUGCUCCUGAGCCACCAAUGAAGAAUUCUCCCAGAGACGGUGAUUUCUUCUUGACUGCGGCGGUCUUCCACCCAGAAUGAGCGAUUUCAUUUAAUUGCAGUUAUAUCCUUUUCCUUGACGCCAUCGCAUACUCAUUGAUAUGAGUUGGGUUUACCCGGUGUUUCUUGUUUUAUUUAACGCUUUACUACGUUCCUUUUAUUUUACGACUCCAUUAUGAUCGAUGAUUAACGGCCGGCCACACAACGAUCAA